GUACUGACGACAAACAAUACGACGCUGACCUACCUGGAUAUGGGCAACAACGGACUUACCAGUGUCGGCAUGACACCACUGCUGAAGGCUCAAUCGAUGACACAACUUCACCUGUUAAACAACAAACUGGGCGAGGGAUUGAGUGAGUUAUUACCUGCACUACUGGCCAAUCCAGUCAUCGAAACGUUUGGCAUCGGUGCCAACCAGUUGCACGAGGCACUAAGUGUCACGAUGUUGGACGCGCUGCACUCGCAUCCGUCUUUGAAGACGCUCGAGAUGGGAGGAAACACGCUGGGCAUAGCAGGACACGACGCUCUCGACAAGCUGAAGGAGGCCAACCGCGGACUAGAUGUUGCUGUGGACAAGAACGCGCAAAACGAGGACGGUAGCUUUGAUUUCCAGAACCAGCAGUAGAAGACUCUGGCGCUAGAGUGCUCUGCUUCUGGGCUGUAUUGUUAAAUAGAGGGACGCAACAACGGUCG